UUGUUUCAAUGUGUGUAUGUGUUUGACACGUGAUGUCAAAACAAAUGUCCAGAAAUUCAUUUUGGCGUCUAGCUCACAAUAUAUUUUUUAAAACCUAAUUUUAUUGCCAUUUUAUACAAAACGUUAAGGACUAAUUAUGGCUAAUGUUUUUGAUAAUGGUGGAGCAGAAGGUCCUGGAUUUGUUGGUAUACGUUUUUGUCAAGAAUGCAAUAAUAUGUUAUAUCCGAAGGAGGAUAAGGAUAAUAAGAUUCUUUUGUAUGCUUGUCGAAACUGCGAUUAUAAACAAGAAGCUGAUUCUAACUGCAUAUAUGUAAACAAAAUUAUGCACGAAAUUGAUGAGCUGACACAUAUUGUUCCGGAUGUUAUAUCUGAUCCUACAUUGCCGCGAACUGAAGAGCAUGCUUGUCCGAAGUGUUCGCAUCGAGAAGCUGUUUUCUUUCAAGCGCAAACAAGGCGUGCUGAAGAGGAAAUGAGAUUAUAUUAUGUUUGCACUAAUCAAAAUUGUACACACAGGUGGACUGAAUAAAUGUAAAUAGCUUAGUGUACACAUAGUGUACAAAUAAAUUAUAAUGUAAACUGGAACACAGAUCUAUAAUAUUAAAAAUAAACUUAAAACAGU